AUGGCGCUGGGCGGCAGCGACACGGGAGCGCCGGCCACCGACUGGCAGCAGCAGCAGCAGCAGCAGCGGGAGCAGCAGCAUAAUGGCGCGAUAGAGAUAGUGGUGGGGCCCAUGUUCGCGGGGAAGACGACUGAGCUCCUGCGGCGGGUGGCUCGCUACGAGGCAGCCGGGCUCAGCGUGGCGGUCGUCAAGAGCAACAAGGAUGACCGCUACUGCGCCGCCCAUGUGGUCACGCACAAUGGACUGAAGCGGCCCUGCUUUGCGACUCCCAGCCUGGCGGCGUUCAAGGAAGCGGCAGGGGCGGCAUACGAUGCUUUUCAAGUCAUUGCGGUGGACGAGGCGCAGUUCUUCCCAGACCUAAAAGAGUUCUGUGCCCAUGCCGCCGACCACGAGCACAAGCGGCUGCUGCUGGCGGGGCUGGAUGGCGACUUCCAGCGCCAGCGCUUUGGGCAGGUGCUGGACCUGCUUCCCAUGGCUGACAGUGUGACCAAACUGACUGCGCACUGCAAGUUUUGUGACCAGCGGCGUGUGGCUGCAGUCUUCUCUCUGCGGAUCACGGCAGACAGCCGGCAGGAGGUGGUGGGCGGCGCGGACGUGUAUGCGCCCGUGUGCCGUAGGCACUACGUGCAGCUGUCGCAGCUGCGCGGGCGGCCGCUCAGCAGCAGCGACGAGGCAUCCGGCGGAGAGCAGUGA